AUGGGCGAUUUUCCAAAUCUAGAACCUGAAAAGAGGAUUGAUCAAGAUUCUCAUUCCGAUAAUAACAGUGUGAAUGAUCAGGCUAGUUCAACGAAUGCUUCUGUUUUGUCAACUAGUCCUUCUCGUUUAGUAUAUAUUCCAGGAGAGUCCUCGUUAACUCGUGAUGGACCUUUACCGAUAGAUGGAGAAGAGGGAUCAAGUUCACAACGUGGGUUCAUAACACGCAGCAAUCGUCAACAAAUCGAUACAUCAUUGCAACAAGUGCAGUACAACAAUAAUAAAAUAGCAUUAGACAGUUCUAUCAACCAGACCAUUGAUUUGAUUUCUGAAUUACAAGAUGAAAAUAAAGAGAGACCUAUAUUUUAUCCGACAGAGAUUGAAGAUGAUGCCAAUGUUGUCUUAAACUCGGCAAAGGCGCAUUUGGCAUUAGUCCGUAAGAAUAGUACUUUGAAGUCUAUAAAUAAAUCCAAAAUUGAAACUGACACAAAGGAACUACCAGAAUUCAAGAUUUUAAAAAUCAGUUUAAAGUCCGGGCAUGGCGACAACAGCAAUACCAUGGCCAACUUGGAUAAAAAAUCAAUUGCCAAUUUGUUGGAAAAAAAAUUGUUACAACAAGUUAAAUAUUUAUUAAAUUUAAAAGACAGAAUUGAUGACACUACAUCAAAAGUAUUUGUUACUGGUGACUUAAAUGCUGGGAAAUCUACAUUUUGUAACGCUUUAUUGAGAAGAAAGAUUCUACCUGAAGAUCAACAGCCCUGUACUGCAGUAUUUUGUGAAGUCAUAGAUGCAUCAAAGGAAAAUAAUAGCAUAGAGGAAGUGCACGCGGUUCCCAUCGGUAAAGAGUACAACAUUCGUGAUGAGUCUACAUUUGAAGUUUAUCCAUUAGAGAGUCUAGAGGAUUUGGUUUAUGAUUGUGAUCGAUUCAGCUUAUUGAAAAUCUACGUUUUAGACCAUCGUAGCUUCCAAGAAAGCUUAUUGCACAAUGGGGUUAUAGAUAUUAAAUUGAUUGAUGCCCCCGGAUUAAACAUGGACCUGUAUCAAACGACUCAAGUGUUUUCACGCCAAGAGGAAAUUGAUUUGGUGGUAUUUGUUGUUAGUGCAGAAAAUCAUUUCACAUUGUCAGCAAAGGAGUUUAUUGCUGCUGCUGCAAAUGAAAAAAGAUAUGUGUUUAUUGUUGUCAAUAGAUUUGAUCAUAUCAAGGAUAAAGAAAAGUGCAAAAGAAGAAUAUUAGAUCAGAUCAAGAGUUUAUCUCCAGACACUUAUAAGAAUGCAAAAGAGUUUGUCCAUUUUGUGAGCUCAAGUGAAGUUUUGAAUGAAAAUGGUGGUGGGGAUGACGGGGAUGACGGUGAUCCUGACGAUGACGACAACUACAACAAUGAUCAUCCUGAUUUCGACCAAUUAGAAGCAUCUUUGAGAAAAUUUCUCUUAGAAAAGAGAUCUAUUUCCAAAUUAUUACCAGUUAAGGAUUAUUUGCUUAAUAUUUUACUAGAUUUGCAGACAUUAUCUAAAAUCAACGAGAAAAUCUACCAUGAUGAAAAAGUGGACAAACUUCAAGAAUUGAAUAAUCAGGUAGCCCCAAAGUAUAAUGACAUAAUGACCAAAUCUGUGAGAAUAGGUGAUACCAUUAAUGGGUUGAUUGAAUCUACCUGCACUGAGGUAUAUAACGAAACUAAUAAGGAAAUUGUGACUACUGUAAACAAUUUGGGAGAUAAACCAAUAGUGAAAUAUCCUGGACUCCAGUACUUGUUUGAAUAUGCCAAAGAGACCCAAUUAGCAAUGAUCGAUAUAGUUUUGGAAUCGGUUGCACGUAGUGAAGAAGUGGCCAAGAGGGUUACUUCAACUAGGGUAGACGAGAUUAUCAAAUACGGACAACAGACUUUAAAUGAAGAGUUCUUGAAUGACAAGGUAUUUAAUUCAGAUUUGAUGUUUACUAGAAGAAGAGAUACCAUUGGAAAAUCAAUUGAUGAUACCAUUGAAAUUAAUGAUUUCUUUGAUCCCUCGAUUGAAUCGUUUUUAGUAUUUGUUGGAUUACCAGAGAAAUUUGUCAAGUCUGCCAAAUACCAAUUAUCCUAUUUUAAUCCAGUUGGUAUGUUGACGUCGAUACCUCAAAAUGCAGUGACUCUUAAGGAACAAUUACCAUCACAGCUUACUUUGCAUACACUUUAUUCAUCGAGUAAAAUUUUGACUACUGGUGCGUUAGUACACAAGAUGUACCAAUUUUCACAUUAUGUGACUCCCAAAAUGGUUAAAAAGAUUGCUAUCCCAGUAAUUAUUGGAAUAUCAGGUAUCACAUUAUAUUAUCUUUUGAGUGAUAUUCCUAAUGCAUUGCCCAGAAACCAAGCUAGAAAAAUCAAGAAACAAAUUGGUGAUUUGGACUAUGCCCAUCAAAACUCGGCUCGAAUCUCACGUGAGUGUCGUCAAGUAUUAAACUACCCAGCAAGACAAGUGAUGAAUAAUUUCCAAACCAGUAUUGACAAGAGAAGUAACGAAAAGGCUGAAUUAGAAAAGGUAAUUAAAGAUGCAGAAAUAAGUUCUGGUUUCUUUAAAAAUUUAUUGACAAAAGUAGAACGUCAACAAGGUUUGCUUAAGGAAAUUGAUUUGGAAAGUAUUAAUUAUGUGGAGUAA